GACAAGCUUUCCACAUCUCCUUUCAUGAGACAAUUUUUUUACAAUAUAGAUUAUAAUAAUAAGUACAGUGUCAGUGUGUUUGACUGAGCUACCACAAAAUUACCCAUAAUCUAUAACCAGACAACAAGUAAUCUCAGCUCACUAAUGCCAGUGAUUGAAUUAUUGAAAUCAAUGGAAAAAGCUUGCAAUUCCCAUUACCAUAAUCAAUCUCUCCUGCUUCUUCUUCCACUGUUCCUUUCAUUGCUUGUUGCAGGUCUGGCAUUCCCAACCCAAGAUGAGCAAUCCCAAAUCAUAUCGAGAUUCCAACAAUACCUUCAAAUCAACACAACCCAACCUUCCCCAGACUAUCAAAGCUCGACCCAGUUCCUUCUAUCCCAAGCCAAUUCCCUUUCUUUAGAAUCCCAAGUCAUAGAAUUCGUCAAAGGCAAACCAGUAAUUCUCCUCAAAUGGCCAGGCUCCGACCUUUCCCUUCCUUCUAUCCUCUUAAACUCUCACAUGGACGUGGUUCCAUUCGAACCUUCGAAAUGGACCCAUCCGCCUCUUGGGGCUUAUAUCGAUGAAGGAGGUAAUAUCUUUGGUAGAGGCUCACAAGAUAUGAAAAGCGUUGGGAUGCAAUACCUUGAGGCCAUUCGUAGGUUGAAGCUUUCUGGGUUUCAGCCAAAACGGUCUCUUUACUUAUCGUUUGUACCUGAUGAAGAGAUUGGUGGCUAUGAUGGUGCUAAGAAGCUAGCUUACUCUGAUGUUUUCAAGGAUAUGAAUGUUGAAAUAGUGCUCGAUGAAGGAUUACCUUCUACCGACGAGAAUUAUAGGCUAUUCUAUGCGGAGACGGCUCCAUGGUGGCUGGUGAUAAAGAGCAACGGUGCCCCUGGACAUGGGGCAAAGCUCUAUGACAAUAGUGCAAUGGAGAACCUUUUGAAGAGCAUUGAGAGCAUAAGGAGGUUCCGGGCUUCACAAUUCGAUUUGCUUAAGGCUGGUUUGAAGUCUAAAGGAGAUGUCAUUUCGGUUAACAUAGUCUUUCUCAAGGCUGGCACACCUUCUCCCACUGGUUUCGUCAUGAACUUGCAGCCAUCUGAAGCAGAAGCUGGUUUUGAUAUUCGAGUACCACCAACAGCUGACAUAGAAUCCUUGGAGAAACGGAUAGAAGAGGAAUGGGCACCUGCUUCAAGAAACAUGACAUUUGAGUUUAAGCAAAAGGCUACUCCACACGAUGAUCUUGGAAGGCCACUCAUAACUGCCACUGAUGGUUCUAAUCCAUGGUGGACUCUAAUAGAAGAAGCUAUCAAGAAAGCUAAUGGAAAGAUCGGGAAGCCGGAGAUUCUUACCGGUGCAACAGAUGCUCGCUAUUACCGGCAACUAGGCCUAACAGCUAUUGGCUUUUUACCAAUGACCAACACUCCUUUUUUGCUUCACGACCAUAAUGAGUUUCUAAACAAAGCGGAGUACUUUAAAGGAAUUAAUGUUUACGAGUCCAUUAUUAAAGCUUAUACAUCAUAUAUCCCACCUGGAAGAGAUGGAGUUUCGAGAGAUGAGUUGUAAGGAGCCAAAGAGGCAUGUCUUCACGUUCUUAGCUUCCCUUGCUUCCUUGUUUGUACCAUUUCACAGAGGAGGUUGAGAAUGUUCCUAGUAAUGUAUCAAUAAGGGAAGCACUUUCACCACUUAUCUAUGCUGAAGAGAGCUGACUCAUCAUGUAACUGCUUGGAUUAUCAGGUAAUUGAAUGAGCCUUAAUGUUAUGCGUUCAUGUUUCCUUCUUGUCAUAGUAUAUAAUUUUCCUGGUUCUGAAUUGUUGAAGUUCUGCUCGGUGGUUAAACAAUGUCUACAAUGAAAUGACAUUUAAUAAAUCGCUAGAUUACAAUCUUAGAA